UUGUCUGUCCGGGCCGAUCCCUUCACCGCGCGGCAGAAUGGCCUCUUCCGCCUUUGAGGUCGGGGAUCCCGCAUUAUUAUGUUGCCAGCAACUUUCCCCGGUUCCUAGAUAAAGAGCUCGCCAAUCUGCAACAGAAGGCUUUCCACCGCGGGAACUGAGUACAAGCCUCAAGAACAUUUCGACUAGGCUGGCUAUCAAUAGUUGUUGCUUUCUCCAUUGAUACAGCUAUGGAGGCUUCGCCAACUAAACACGCCCGCAAUGUCUCUAGAUCUUCAAGGCCGCGUAGCACAACGAAGGGUCCUCUAGAUCAGCCAGAUGACCCGCUCGGCUCCGAAACAGUGAACACAGCCGCAUCCCCAAGGCCGGCUACAGCAGACUUUGCUGGAUUUAACGGCGCUUCGUUUAGCAGACUGGAUCCAUUGGGACCAGAUGAACUGCCACCAACAGUGGAGAAGGAUCUCUCGUACCUGCUCCGGUAUGAUGUGUAUCAUUCGCUGUCUCAGGUAGAAAUACCGCACGCGCUUCGCUCUGAGUUCCUUGCCCCAACGUCAGAUGAAUCGCUGUCCACAAGCCUAGCCACCCUUGAGCGGCUUCUGGCUGAAGGUCACUUUCUGCUCGCUGCUUAUUUGUGUGGGACGAUCUUAACAUCCUCGUUGAUCUCGCCUACUGACAUCAAACGAAUCUUUGCUCUGUUUUACACUCGGCUAGCGUGCCUGCAACUGUCAGGAAAUACGAUCAUUGCAGCGCAAGAGUCAAAGGCACUCGAAGACCUGAGCUCCGCCUUCUAUUAUGCGGAACCGAUUGCCGGGACGUCUGAUAAGCACCCAAACUAUCCUCGUCACAUCGUACCAUGGCCCCUACGAGUGUUGGCUAUUAGACUCCAGAGCAUUGGAUUCGGCGACUCACGUAGGGGCAUUGGCGGACUCUACGAGGUUGGCUUGGAAGCGCGAAGGGAGAUUUUGCGGCCAGAUAUGGACCCCGAAGAGCGGAAGUUGUGGAGAGAGCGAUUGUCUGACCUCGGCAUGAGGAAUGUGAACGCGCUCAUUGAGAUGGGGGAUCUGGAUGCCGCCAGGAGAUCACUCGCUAGCUUGCGUAUAGCGGAAUCGGAAAGCGAGAUCAAUAAAUUGAGAAAAGUACUUUUGAUGCUCAUAAUUGGCGAUCUUGAUGCUGCGAGGCAGGUUUGUGGCGAGGCGAGCGAUGCCGGGAACACCGUGUUUCGCCCGCUCCUCAGUAUGGCCGAGGGUCGGUACGACGACGCAGUGGCUGAAUGGCGCGCCUUACUUGGUAACGAGGAACGCAGACCCGAUGAGUCCAUGAUCUCGCAGAACCUGGCGGUGUGCUUGUUGUACACUGGUAGGUUGAACGAAGCACGUGAGGUCCUUGAGUCACUGGUCCACGCAAACCAGUCGUUCUCGAGUCUCGUGUUCAACUUGUCAACCGUCUACGAACUAUGCUCUGAUAAAUCCGCCAAGCUAAAGACCGACCUUGUAGAAACAGUGGCCAGGCAACCAAUCACUGGGACUACUAAUCUUGAUCGGCCCAACGGGGACUUCAAACUUUAGUGACAGCAGAGUCACAGAAAGUCUACACUUGAUGGCAAGGAGGUCCCGGGUUCUAAAACUGGUGCGCUAUUCUAAGAAUGCCUGUCGGAUCCUCCAACUAUAUAGCCGUCUAAACACCUGAAACAAACGCCAUACUCCGUCAAUGCCCGUAUAAGCGCCAGAUAACGAUGCAGCAAUGACAA